AUGCCCAGCAGCGUGAAUGUCAUUGCGAGCGCAGCGUGGCAAUCUCGUUGCCCAAGCGCCGGCCUUCAACGCCAGCCGAUCUGCCGCGUUGUCCUGGCCGCGCUCUUUAAUACCCGGCGGCUACGACGAACGACCCUGGGAGGUUCUUCAGAGAACCGGCGAUCUCAGGUAUCGGAUUCCCGCUCACGCACGGACCACAUGGCCGGAGAGCGGCAACCCGAAUGCGGUUGCUCUACCCGCAGCCCCCGGUAUUCAGAUCGCUUCCAGUUGUUGCCGGUCGGCUGCGGCCUUCUCGCUGAGCCCCAACUCCGUGUAAGCCUUUGCGCGAUUGGCCCACGCUUCGCGGUAGCGUGGAUCCAACGCGAUAGCCUUGGUGAACUGGUCGACUGCCUCUCGGACCCUGCCCUGAUUGAACAUCGACAGGCCCAACUCGGUCAUACCGGCCGCGGUGAGUGGUCGCGUGAUCUUCAACGGGGCUACCGCAAAUGCCGGCGCCAACUCCGCGUCAACCCCGACCGCCGACCCCGGUUCCUCGACCUGCUGCGACGCCAUCACUGGUUCCGCUGUCGGCUGGCCCGCCGUUGCGCCCGGCUCUUGCGCGCUCUGGUCAACGCCCUCGGCCGCCCCCUGUCCGAUUGUCUGGGCGCCGGCGGCCUCGUUCCCUUCGGUCGCCGCCGCGGCCGCAUCCGUCGUCGCGUACGGCCGGGUCAACUCCCAGCCGCAGUUGGUGCAGUAGGCAGGGCCAUCCUCGUGGGCGUGCUGACACCGCGGGCACGGGGUCAUGCUUUCCUGCGCUCCGUCCGUCGCCAUCGGCCGGCGCGCUGGCACGAACACCAGCGCCAGCAUUGGCAGCAUGCACAGCACGGUGAUCCACUCGGGGAACAUGUCGAGCAGGCCCACGGCCGGAAUCGCCGCGACCCCGCCCCACACCAGGGCGUUGCGCCCUUUGUUCCGCGCGAGCUUGGCCGUCCAUAG